CUGAGGCGGCGACGAGUGCAUCAGUAGGAUGCGGGCCGUUCUUAUCGCGCUGGCGUGUAGCCUGGGGGCCGCCCUGGUCCCCGUGUCGCUCCCGAAGACGCGCGCCGUCUCGAUGAAGUCCUCCGUGACGGAGGCGGGCACGUCGGUCCUCGAGGACACGGAGGGCCUCGGCGCCGAGUUCGAGGACGCGAUCGUCGACGACGAGGCGUGGGACGUCGAGGGCAGCGGCGACGAGGACCUUUUGGCGGGCUUCGACCUCGACGGCGCCGACGUCGGCGACAUCGACUCCUACGGCGCGACGCCGCGGGAGAUCUGCGACGGCGAGCGCGCCGAGUACAAGGCGAAGUUCCCGCGCCACGACAACGACUGCGGCUCGUCGGAGAUCCAGAUCGCGCUCUUCACGGCGCGCAUCAAGCACAUCACGCAGCACGUCGUCGACAACCCGAAAGACCACGCGAGCCGCCGCGGGCUCCUGACGCUCGUCUCCAAGCGGCGGCGACUCCUGAACUACUACCACUCGCGCUCGCCGGAGAAGGCGGUGAAGCUCGCCGCGGACCUCGGCGUCCGCUUCCGCUUCAAGUCGGCGCUCCCGGACCGCGCGGAGAAGUACCGCCAGUACACCAUCGCCGCCAACAAGAAGAAGAAGUAAGCGGCCCGCCGCGGCCGCCGCCGCCGGCCCGUGUCGCAGAAAAACCAGCGCGCGCCCGCUCCGGGCCGCGUCCGCUACUACGCUCCCCCCGCCGUACGUACCUAACCAUCGUAGCAGC